AUGACAACACGGGAUUGGUGCCUGUCCGUCCUGACCCUGAUGGUGAUAAUGGACGCCUUUGGUCAGCAGUGCGUCGGUCGGCUCUACGCCGGUCAGCUGAUUCGCGUGGGGAAAUCUGGAGUAUGGAAGCGGCCGGCGAGAAGGCCACCGUUUAGCAGGACGUACGACAUAGACACUGACGGGAGACUGUCGGCUGCCGAGUGGCGCCGCGUGGAGGACAUGUUAUCAGGGUUGUCUGCUGCAGAGAUCUUCUCUCUUCUGGACCGGAACGAUGACGGUUGGCUGAACAAGUCCGAGUUCAACAACUGGAAACAACGUCUUGGCAUCAAGAACGGGAAGACGGCCUGGCCACUGGUACACAAACGCCUGAUUGGAGCUUAGAAUGACAGAUCUAGUCUCCACCAGACCCCUUUGCAGGCUGAAUAAAUAGCAGAAAUCAUUCAAAUGGUUUAUUUUCAACCGACUUCGCAGCACCAGGCUUAAUUUCGUCAAUUGUAACAUUCAUUCAAAAACAUUAUACAUCAAUUAUAAAAUCGUU